CUCCCAGCUCCAGCCGUCGCCAGCGGCGCCAAGCGAGGCGAGAGGGCCAUGGAACCCGGACGGGAUGCUCCCUUCUUACCUGCACCGCUGUGAUCCUCGGCCCGCCGGGGCGGCCGAGGCGCAGCGCGGAGACCUACUGGCCAUGGAAGCGGCGUCUGCAGAGCCCCGGCCCCAGGGCGCGUUGGCACCGCUGGCUGCGCUCUGCUUGGUGAAUCUCUUCUUGACUGGGAAAAUUGAGAGUGCAGUCCCUUCCUUAGCUGCUUGUAGUGGAAAACCAGAGCAGCAUAUGGAACGGCGAGGGGUCAUCUAUAGUCCUUCCUGGCCACUCAACUAUCUCCCGGCCAUGAACUGCAGCUGGUACAUCCAAGGAGAUCGUGGCGAUGUCAUUACUAUUAGUUUUAAGAACUUUGACGUGGAGGACUCUCCCAGAUGUUCAAUAGACUGGUUGAUGAUGGGUCCUUCUUCCAAAGGGGAGGAGUACAAAGUCUGUGGAUCUUUUAUCCCUCCUUCGUUCAUCUCUGCCAGGGACCAUAUCUGGAUCUUUUUCCACUCAGAUCCAUCAAGUUCAGCGCAGGCCCAGGGAUUUCGCCUUUCUUACAUUCGAGGAAAGGUUGGCCAAGCCAGCUGCCAAUCGGACGAAUUCCACUGUCUCAAUGGCAAAUGCAUCCCCAUCACUUGGAAGUGCAAUUCCAUGGACGAAUGUGGGGACAAUUCUGAUGAGAAAAACUGCAGCCUCCCCCCGACGGAGCCCCAGUCCAACAUCUGUCCUUCGGGGACGUUCCAGUGCAACAUUGCCCAUUCCACCAAGUGCUUGUUGAACGAGCUGAAAUGCAACACCGUGAAAGACUGCAGCGACGGCUCCGAUGAAGAAAAUUGCCCCGAUCUCUCCUGCGGCAAGAAACUGAGCAAUUUCUACGGGUCCUUUGCCUCGCCGGAUUUGUUCCGCCUGGAUCGGAAUCGGGCCGACCUCUGUUGCACGUGGCAGGUGGACACCCAAGAUAACCGCCACGUCCUUCUGCAGCUCAGCUUGCAGCUGGGCUACAAGGAUUACGUGAAGGUGUACGACGGCUUAGAGGAGAAAGCCGACAAGCUGAUAGAGACGCUCUCGUAUCGGAAUAAUAAGCACUCGGUCAGCCUGGAGUCCUCCAAGGGCCAGAUGACCAUCUUGUACUACGCCUGGUCGAAAAGCACCGGCCAUGGGUUCAACGCAACGUAUCAAGUCAAAGGCUAUUGCCUUCCAUGGGAGCACCCGUGCGGGGACGACGAGGAGUGUUACUCCGAUAAGCAGCACUGUGACGGGUGGUGGCAUUGCGCCAACGGUAAGGACGAGGAGAACUGUCCCGCCUGUCAGAAGAACGAGUACCCCUGCGAAGGGAACAGCGGGUUGUGCUACUCCUUGCUCGACCGAUGCAACAACCAGAAGAAUUGCCCCAACGGGUCGGAUGAGAAGAACUGUUUUGUUUGCCAGCCGGGGAACUUCCAUUGCGGCACCAACCUCUGCAUUUUUGAGACCUGGCGUUGUGACGGCCAGGAGGAUUGUCAGGACGGCAGCGAUGAGCACAACUGUUUGGUGAUCGUGCCCCGGAAGGUCAUCACGGCUGCUCUCAUCGGGAGCCUGGUUUGUGGGCUGCUGCUGGUGAUCGCCUUGGGUUGUGCCUUCAAGCUGUACUCCCUGAGGAGCAGGGAAUACCGGGCAUUUGAAACCCAGAUGACUCGCCUGGAGGCGGAGUUCGUAAGGCGCGAGGCUCCUCCUUCUUACGGGCAGCUGAUCGCACAAGGCCUCAUUCCACCUGUGGAAGACUUCCCUGUUUAUAAUGCAUCCCAGGCUUCCGUGCUGCAGAACAUCCGAACGGCCAUGAGGCGGCAAAUGAGGCGCCAUUCCUCGAGGCGCGGCUCUUCCCGCCAACGUUUGGGCAGACUCUGGAACAGAUUCUUUCACAGGCCGCGAGCGAGGGGCCAGGUCCCGCUCUUACACCCUGCGCGCACCUCCCAGACGGUUCUGGGGGACGGGAUCCUGAACUGCACAGACGAGGUGCCUGCGGAGAGUCUCCCGGCCUCUCCUGAGGAGGCUUGUGGCCCACCUGGAGGGGUUUCUGAACCUGGCAACAGCCCCUCGGCCUUGCAGGCAGAAGCAACAGAGGUCCCGUCCACUGAGAGUCUGCCAAGCCCUUGCCCAGCUGCUCUGCCGGACGCUGAGAGCCAGCACAGCUGUAUGGCCGAAGAUGCCCCUGAGGGCAGACUCCCACAAGCCGGCAAGGCAGAUUCAGGAAGAACAUUUAGGGACCCUUUGCUGGAAAGAGUGACAGAAAUUCACCAACGGAGCAGGAGGUCACAUGGCAGGACAGCUGGAGAUGGCAGGCAUUCUCAGCUGCUGAGGGAAGAACUGCAUCACUCAAUGCCCUUAAAAAACUGGGAGUCUGGGUACCCUGAAAGCCAUGGAGCCCUCCCUCUUCGGGGGGAACAUCGGCCCAACGGUGACCCGCACUUAUGUCACGAAGAACCUUUUGGCAUUCACCCUCCUUGUUGCCAUUCCAUGGAAGUGCCAAUACCCGCCCCCCCUCUCCCUGAAAGGAGCCCCAGUGAUGACGAGUCUUUGUUGGUGUGCUGAAGGGUCACGUCCGCAGGCAGAAGCCCACCCUGUGUGCCAUGACCGGGUAAACGGCACAGGUCCCAUAAUCCACAUCCUAGGUACAAUGACACCAGGGGGCAGGUCACCUCGCUAGCUCCCCCUGGUGCGCGUGCCACGGUAGGAUACCCCACUCUCUGCCUACACCAGGGGUGAUUUCACUUGCCUUCGCUACCGGUUUGCAAAUGUGAGCGUGUGCGACUCCACGCAUGCGCAGAGUGUCAAAAAAUGGGACGUGAUGACGUCUGGGCAGGUGGGCGGAGCCUCCCGCUGCUGCCGCUACCGGUUUGCUAGAACCGGAUAGAACCGGCUGCAUACCACCACUGGCUGACACCCCCACGUCUCGUUUGUCUCUUUCUUUACAGCAUGUCUGUCUUCGCGAAGAAUAGCUUAUAGACAGCCGGGGAGAAAGAGUCUUCACAGCCUCUUUUCUCUCUUCCCGUCUUUCAGUUAUAAAUGUGCCGAGAUGGAUAGAGGAGAGAUACAAUGGUUGUCUGGCUCUAAAAAGUGAGGAGGAUGACCUUGAGAGAAGUAGACUAGAUCUGUUACCAAAGCAACGGGAGGAGAAAGCAUGGAUUAAGUCCAAAAGAAGCAGGAAGAAUGCCGAACCGGCUCAGACACUUCCCUAAUUCUCCUGAGUAUAAGAUGGGGGUGGGGGGUAAGUCCAGCACAACCAGACUUACAAAAUUCCAUUAUUAUAGCCAAUCUCAAUAAAAAAAAAUAGUUUUAGUGUUGCCAUGGAAUUGAUUCCUGGUCUGGACUCCCUGAUGGGUUUAACUCUGCCUGGCGUGGCUUCACGUGCUGUGCGAAAGCUAUUGAGGCCAUGGCUUGGAUGGAGUAUCCUGUAUGAACCUGGUCAGUUGUGGUUUAUUCAAUAGACCGCGCUUAAGCCAUGGCCGAAGGUCAGCUUUAGGUAUUAAGAGCUAGAAGCUUGACGAUCCCACCUGUAGCUCCUCUUGUUCAUUUUACGGCAUAUUUGUGGCUAAAGAAUGGACAUGUUCAAAGUUCCUUGGACAUCUUGGUUGCUUGAAUGUAAGGCUGGGUUUGAUGCCCUCGAAUAAGUAACUCCAUCCAUGGGUAAAGAGGAACCAUACAUGACCCACAUUGACGUGUGUCAAGAAAGAGGUCAUUUACGGUAGUAGUAAAGUCUUCUUUCUAGGUCAGGGUUGUGAAACUCGAGGCCCGCGGGCCAGAUCUGCCCCAUGGGGUGCUUAGAUCUGGCCCAUGGGGCUUCCCUAGAAACAGCAAAGGGCCGUGGUGCCUCCGCCAGCCAAAACGGAGCUUGUGAGGACCGUGUGCAGCCCUCCCGAGCUCUGUUUUCGGCUGCAACGGCCUCCUGCAGCCCUCUGCCAGUGAAAACGGAGCUCGGAAGGGCUGCAGGACAUUGAGAUGGCCACGCCCACCCCACCCACUCGGUCCCCCAAAGUCAAACACAACCCUGAUGCGGCCCUUAAUGAAAUUGAGUCUGACACCCCUGUUCUGCCAUCAUCAGAACAUGAGCAGUGCCUUGUUGGCUUGGACCUCUGGUCCAUUUAGUUCACCAAUCUGUUUUCACAUUGACCAGCCGACUGCCUGGGGAAGUCCACUAUCCUCCUAGGAGAUGGCCUUCAGAGGUUGCCCCACUGCCCUCAAGGCUAAUAGCUGUUGAUCUCCCCCCCAACACUUCCAUGAAUGGGUCCAUCCCUUUUUGGAAGCCACACGAGCAUCACUGCUUCUGACAGUUGUUGCAAUUCUUCCACUGUUUUCCUUAUUACCGCGGGGGGUGGGGGGAGGACUUUUCUUGUCCCUCAAUUUCCCAAUCUGCACCUGUUCCCCAGAGAAAAGGGUAGCUCAGAGUGAUUCCUCCUACAGGUUCACAGAAGUCAUCCCAACCCAACACAGUUCCAUCUGCCUUUGACACACGGGUGAAAUCUAGCAGGUUCUGAUAGGUUUGGGAGAACCGGUAGCGGAAAUUUUGAGCAGUCCGGAGAACCGGCAAAUACCACUUCUGACUGGCCCCAGAGUGGGGUGGGAAUGGAGAUUUUGCUAUAUCCUUCCCCUACCAUGCCCACCAAGCCAAGCCCACCAAGCCACACCACGCCCACCAAGCCACGCCCACAAAACCAGUAGUAAAAAAAAAUUGGAUUUCACCACUGCUUUGACCCCCCCCCCGGAUACAUGGAUGCCAGUUGAAACCACUGCUAUGAAUUAACCUUCUCUUUUGUUUGUACCCGCCUGUAAAAUUGGUUCCUUCUGCUUCUAGAAAUGUGAGUUUUUCUACGACCCAGUCAGAACCUGUUACGAGGCAUGGCUGGCUGACAACAGCUAGCACAGGGAUUACCGGGACUGUUUAAAUGAAAAAAAUCCAAUGAUUGCCAGUUUAUAAUAUUGGUCUACACUGGGUAAACUAUGUGAUGGGGAAACCGAGCCCUUGGAGCUGCAUUUCUUUUAUUUCUUAAUAAUAAUAAUAAUAAUAAUAAUAAAGCUUCACCCAC